UGUGGCUGUGUGGUGGGUGUAGGGAGAGUGGUUUGAGAUGGGCCUGGGGCCAUGGCCGGGGCGAGGGGUGUGGAUUUUGUUCCAGUGCAGGGGGAAGCCACUGGAGGUUUUAAGCAUGAGAGUGACAUCAUCCGAUUUAUGCUUUUAAAAGAUCACGCUGGCAGCUGUGUUCCUCCCUCUCACCACUGAAUCCCCAGGGCCUAGCACUAGCCCUGGCCCAAAGGGAGUGUUCAAAAUAUGCCCUGAAUGAAUGCGUGCCCCGGACUUCCUGUGUGACCUGGAGAUACUCACUUCUGUCUCCGGACCUUAGUUUUCUCACUCGAAAGGCAGUCGGUGGGGAUUUCACGCCAGAGUGGGUGGGCCGGAGUGGAUUUAGGUUUCCCGCCUUCCCAUGCGGCCCCGAGACCCGAAUCCCCCACUUCAGGAGACGAACUGAGGGGGGGGGGGGUGGAUCUUCCCUCCUGGCGACCUGAAGCAAUGCGCGGCGGCCCCGCCCCGGCCUGGACCGAGGUCUGAAGGAUGCUGCAGCCCCGGGGGCGGGACCCGCAGGCGAUCCCCGGCGCCUCCCGUGCGGAUUGGGUGCAGCGGUGACCGGCGCUGCGCUAUUGGUCGGUCCAGAAGCAGGGGCGGGGACCCGCUCCUGCAGCGCGGCGGCGGGGACACGGCCAGAGCCCGGGAAGCUGCUGCGGGGGUGAUGGCCGCGCCGAGUCCGGGGCCCCGCGAGGUAGGUGCGGACCCAAAAGAGGACAGGAGAGGAAAGGGUUGGGGGUCAGGGUCCAGGCCUCCCCUCCCAGGGUAGCGCGGACACAGACCCCCAAUCCAAGUCCCGGAGGGGUCCUGCCCUGGGCGGGGACCAGGGCACGCCCCACAGGGGGCCGCAGGUAUGCAGGGGAAGUCUGGCGGUUAUCCCCAGAGAACUUCCUCAGUUUUCUCAUCGCGAAAAUGGAGGUGAUUAUAAAAGCUCCUCCUUCAUAGGGCUGUCAGGAAGUCAGACUCUCAGCCAGUGCUGGGCACAUGGUGGGUGCCCACUACUAAUGGGUCAGCUGCUGCGAGCUCAGCUUCAUGCUGACCCUCCGCUCGGCCUGGAGGAACUCCAGUCGAAUAGAUGCCCCCGUCCCUGGCGUCACAGCUCCUACUAUCAAGGGUUCCUGGGCAUGGAGCUCAAACUGCCACGAAGGAGUUAUUAUAGUUCUCAUUUUACAGAGGAGAAAACGAGAUGCAGAAAGGUUAGGUGACUUACCUAAGAUCACACAGCUGGUGAGAGACAGGUUUGUCUGCGGAAAGCAUUUUCUACCUACUGAUAAUAAUAACCAUCGUUCUAUUCUGGGUGCUGACUGCAUGCCAGGCACUGGGCGGCCCAUCACAACACCCAGUGAGGUGGGUACCAGCAUUCUCCCUAUUUUGCAACCGAGGAAACGGAGGCAGAGAGUGAUAACAGGAGGGCUCACGAGUACCAGAGGUGGGACGCAAACCCAGGUCUUUCCCCUCUGGAAUGCUUCUGUGUGCUCACUGCUUCUUGUGUUUCCUGCCACCAGGUCCUGGCCCCCUCCCCAGAGGCUGGAUGCAGACCAGCCACCUCGACCUCUGGCCGCCGUGGCCUCCUCUGGCGUCUACGAGACAAGCAGGCUCGCCUUGGCCUGUUUGAGAUCGGCCCGGGGCAUGAGCUGCACCAGCUGACAUGUAUGAUGCAGGCAGGGCUGUGGGCUGCCACUCAGGUCUCCAUGGACCACCCACCCACAGGACCACCCACCGAGGAGGAUUUCUCCGAGGUCCUGACCCAGGUUCAUGAGGUAGGAAGCCCAAGACUACUGCAUGGGAGGGGCGUGUACUGGUGUUCCUUCUCUGUCCUCGGUCUCCCCCUUCGUGCAGUGGGAGUGCUGACUUGCCUCAGGGCCUUGUGGGAAGGAUGUGAUUACCCUGACCCUCCCACGCUAGGGCCAACUGCACACACCUGGCCCCCGUGGACACUCUUGGGCCUGCUUUUCCUCCCCUGCAGGGCUUCGAGCUGGGCACCCUGGCCGGCCCGGCCUUCGCCUGGCUACGCCACUCCCUAGGCCUGGCUGAGGGAGACUAUCAGGCGGCAUUAGGCCCAGGUGGCCCCUACCUGCAGUUCCUCAGCACCUCCAAGAGCAAGGCCAGCUUCUUCCUGUCCCACGAUCAACGCUUCUUCCUGAAGACCCAGCGCCGCCGGGAGGUGCGGGCGCUGCUCGCCCACCUGCCCCGCUAUGUGCAGCACCUGCAGCGGCACCCGCACUCGCUGCUUGCGCGGUUGCUGGAAAUUCUUCAUCAUCAUGCAGAGCGUCUUCUAUCCCGCCGGCCGCAUCUCUGAGAGGUAUGAUAUAAAGGGCUGUGAGGUGAGCCGAUGGGUGGAGCCAGCCCCUGAGGGUAGCCCUCUUGUCCUCGUGCUGAAGGACCUCAACUUUCAAGGCAAGACCAUCGACCUGGGGCCCCAGCGGACCUGGCUCCUCCACCAGAUGGAACUGGACACCGCCUUCCUCCGGGAGCUCAACGUGCUGGAUUACAGCCUUCUGAUGGCCUUCCAGCGCCUCCACGAGGAUGAGAGGGGCCCGGGCAGCAGCCUCAUCUUCCGCACAGCCAGGUCUGUGCGAGGGGUACAGAGUCCGGAGGAGCCGGGAUCCCAGAACCGCCGGCUGCUGCCCGACUCCCCCAACGCCUUACACAUCCUGGACGGGCCGGAGCAACGCUAUUUCCUGGGUCUCGUGGAUCUCUCUACGGUCUACGGGCUCCGCAAGCGGCUGGAGCAUUUAUGGAAGACGCUGCGCUACCCAGGUCGGACCUUCUCCACCGUCAGCCCCGCUCGCUACGCCCGUCGCCUCUGCCAGUGGGUGGAGGCUCAUACCGAGUGACCCGCGCCCGUUGCUCUCUCGCAUCUGGACAAUGGGCACACGCCGGGAACCAGGGUUCCAGUCUGACCCCGGCGGCGGGUCGGCCUCCCUUCACCUGCUGUUCCUCCCUUUGGCCUCCAGAGGGCAGCAUCCCCUAACUAAUACCAUGACAACACAGCCUCAUUUGGUGGUGAUGACUGGUUCGGCGUUGUGCCAGGGACUCCCCAACAUUAGCUCGAUUAAUCUUCAAAAAAAAAAAAAAAUGCUAUUAUUCUCUUUUUACAGACCAUGAAUUGGAGGCUCAGGGGGUGAAGGUACUGAACAAGAUCAUUCAGCAAUAAAUGCUGGAACCAGGACUCGACUAUGCCUUUUGGACUCAGGAGCCUGUAUUCUUACCCACCAGCUCCCUUAGCCCUGUCUUCAUGCUCUGGGGAAUGGUGUAGGCUGAAGGCUCCAGCCAAGCCCCUUUGUCGUCCAGAUGGGGAAACUGAGGCCCAGAGACUUUAAUGGGCUUACCCAUGGGAACCUCCAGCCUGGCCUCUGACCCUGGCCCAAUCCAACCAUACCCAAGUGGGCUUCUCCUCUAGAGCUGCUCUGGGGCCUGGCUGUGUGACCAGGGCAAGGUGCUAAACCUCUCUGUGCUUCAGUGGUCGAAUCUGUAAAAUGGAAAGGAUGAAAGUGGACUUUGUUAACUCAUUAAAUAUUUAUUGAGCACCUAC